UUGCAAUUCAUUUUCAAACUCCAAGUAAAUAUCGCAGGAAACCUAUCAUGAAGCUGGUAACUGUGUUUUUGCUGGUGACCCUCAGCAUCUGCAGUUACUCUGCCACCGCUUUCCUUGCCAACAGUUUGCCACGAGCUGUCAACAAUGCCUUACCUUUACCUGUGGAUGACCUUCUCCCCUUUUUGGAUCCGUUAAAGCUUCUUCUGAAAACUCUGGGCAUUUCUGUUGAGCACCUUGUAGAAGGGCUAAAAAAGUGUGUGAAUGAGCUGGGACCAGAGGCCUCUGAGGCAGUGAAGAAACUUCUGGAGGCCCUGUCGCAUUUGGUGUGAUGGCAGCACUAAGCUCUGAUGGAGGGGGCUGGAA